GCCUGUUGCAAAAUUCAUUCUUGCGCUCUCAUUCGUGACGAAAGGAUGUACGUCCGGCUGUAGCCCGUAUGAAUCUACAUCCGUACAUUCCUUGCGCAGGGCAAAGGCAAACGGUCACAGUCCCCACACCCACAGCAACACCAACGCAGUUGGAAAUGGCCAAGGAGCAAGAAUACGAGGAGCUGCGCGAGCUGCUGCAGUCAUGGGGUGUUGCCGAGGAUCUUCUCUCCCACUUGCAAGAUGAAGCCAUCAACGUGGACGAGCUGCAGAUGAUCAAGCGACACCACCUGGCCGAGCUUCUGAGCAACUUUCGUUUCGGCACCCGCAUACGCUUCGAGCACCAUCUGGAACGCUGGCGACGCUGGCUAAACGUGCCUCUACAGGGCGUUCAGGGACAGAGUCAGACGCACUGCCAGGGUUGUCGGUGCGCUGAUUCAACGGCUCCGUCCAUUAUCUGCCAUCCCCAGAUGGGUGGGCAGUCGGACAGCGCCGGGGACAGUGGCAAAUCCGAUGAUCUGGCCAAGACACUGCCGCCUGAGCCACUCGUCUCACUGACCGAUCCCAGCGAGACAGUACAAGCCGCCUUCCACAUACCCUUGCAGCCGCAGUUGGAGCCCAGCGAGAUCCUGAGUUCGACGCUGGUCACUAGCGUGAAGGAGGAGGACAGUGGCGACCAGGUGCCAGGUGAGGAUCGGGUGGUUACAGUGCUGGGCAUCCUGCAGGCCGGCGGGAUGAAAAGCCAGUCGCUGCUCGAGCGCCUGGGCCAGCAGGAGGCACUGGAUGCAGUGCAGCGACUGCUGCUCAUCCAGCUGAUCUGCAGCUACUAUGAAGACAAUCAGCUGCACCUGACGUUGCAACGCAGCCACCUUCUGGAGCGCGAGAUUCUGCAACUCUUUCCCAAGGAGCAGCUGCACUAUUACCGCACCGAACGGCGUGGCAAGAUCUAUGUGCGGUUCACCAACAUGAAGCGGAACAAGAGAGUCAACUCUUCGCGCCAGGAACUGAAGCGAAGGCGCGAGGAUCUGCUUGUCAAGCCGGCGACCCAUGUCUACGCCACUGAUCUCGGGCCCAAAGGGGAGACUUUUCCGGCCGACAACGUCUUCAGUCCCGAGAGAUCCGAUUGACAGCUCCGCCCCCAUAUCCCGCUCUAAGUUGAUUAUUUCUAAGCCUAAAUCUAUCUCGUGUGCGACACAGUGAGGGCUCUCUUGAGGGGACACGACACUGGGGGGUGCCAAGUGAUUGGAUGUGUAUAUAGAUUGGGACCAACAUUUUCGGAGGUGUCCGUGUCCGCCCAAAAGAGCUUUCCUUGUACAUAUGUAAUUAUUUCUGUGUAUAUGUAUGCUUGUUUAGUAUGCUCUUAUCUGUGUAGGGUAUUUGCGGGUCGACCCGAUCCCGCUGACUGACGAAAAUAAAUCAAAACUGAUUU